CCUCCAGCUACUCCCGCAUUAAUGAUACCUUUAAUCAUAUCGGGUAAUCUUUAGUUUAUAAGCGGUAUUUACUUGAAAAUCAAACGACAAUGCGUCUCACUGCGGAGUUGAUUCAAAACUCCCUUUCCUAUCUCAAUCCUUUGAAAGAGCGAGAGCUCGACCUCCGAGGCCAUAAGAUUCCUGUUAUUGAGAAUCUAGGUGUUGCGCGGGAACAAGAUGCAAUUGAUUUUACGGACAAUGAUAUAUCUUCCAUUUCAAAUUUUCCAUAUUCUCCCCGCCUACGAACGUUACUCCUAGCGCGAAAUCGAGUCUCGCAUAUUCAGCCUUCAAUCGCGCAGUCCAUACCGAACCUCACGACUCUUGUCCUUACUGCGAAUAAUAUAGGAGAAUUAGCAGAUCUAGAUCCAUUAAAGAAUUUAACAAGAUUGACGCAUUUGACUGUUCUGGAAAACCCCGUGACUAGAAAAGAGCACUACCGGUACUGGGUUAUCUGGCUCCUUCCCUCCGUCCGUUUCCUCGACUACCAAAAAGUCAAAGACGCCGAACGCGCCAAAGCCGCUGAACUAUUUGGCUCGCAGAGCCAGCCAUCCUCUCUUGCCUCUAAGAUCAUGGGCAUAAAAUCACGCACAUUCGAUGUCUCCGCAGCCAUCACGACGGGCACGGAACGUGGCUAUUCCCCGUCUCAAGUUAGCGAGAAGCCAGUACGCGUCAAGUUGACAGAAAAGGAGCGCAAGAGGGUAGAGAAGAUGAUCCGCGAGGCAAAGAGUUUGCAGGAGAUCGCGAGGCUGGAGAGGGAAUUAAACGAAGGACGGAUACCCAAGGGAGCGAUGGACGAUGAGGAUGUGGAAAUGACGAUGUAAUUUGCAGAAGGUUUUUCCCCUAGAAUGCUUCUUUACCGUGGGUUUGUUGAGGGUACCUUUUUUUCUUUCCCCAAAAGAUGCUGGCGGAGUUCCGGCUCUUGUGAAUUGUCCUCUUGGCUAGGUGCUGUACUGAGCGAGGACUUCAAUUACGGAAUAAUAUGCAAGGCGACCUUUUGAUAUGCGCUCAGAUGGCGAACGAAAAUAGAUCAAGUCCGUUGUAUCUCAUAUCUUCCAUAGUGAGCACAUGCGGGUUGUAAAAUACGAUGGAAACGCAAGUACAG